CCAACCAGCCAAACAAAUUUGCGGGAUCCUGCGUCUCUGUAAACAUGGCGGAGAAAGAACACCGAGUGGAAUUUAAAAAGGAGACCGUGAGCAAGCUCCUGUCAGGUCACUUCAAGGAAGAUAAAACCAGACUCAGUAGUGACGCAACCAUACUGAUGUCCGAGAUGCUGAAGGUGCUGGUUCAAGAGGCGGCAUUGAGGUCACUGAAGCAAGCUGAAUCUGAGGAUUGUGAUCAAGUGCACAUAGAGCACUUUGAGAAGAUCCUUCCUCAACUGUUGCUGGAUUUCUAACCCCGGUUUUACCACAAGAUGGCGCCAGACCGCCGCGCACAAAAAGCGGUUCUACUCUGCUCGUUCUCGUUUUCUGCCGAGAGGAUCUCUAGUACCAUAAAGGACUCAAAUUAAGAAUCAUUAUCAACGUUUCAUGAUGAAGAUGAAGACAGUUUUGUUUAUUUUAGAAAGAGUAUUUUUUUUUUAAGUCCCGUUAUUAACAGCAGCAAAAGUGAGAGUGAGUGCCCACCUGUGCUAACUCAGCGCAACAGCAGGUGCUUACGGGCCGGCCUUCAUCAAAGCCUCCCGGAGCAGUUGGGAGCAAUUAGCGUAAUAAGGGGCGCAGCCAGUCCCUUAGAUGAUGACAAGUGGCAGGGAAAAAAAAUACAUGUACCCCCCUCUGGCCACUUUGAAGUUCCCUUUUGCUGUCCUGCGAUGUUUGGUUAGAGGUUGGGAGGGGAGGGGGGUGUAGGGGGUUGGUGGUGGUAAUGGUGGGGGUGGAGGGGCUGCUGGAGACCUCUGGCGCAGGGGAAAGUUGAACGGCGGCGUUGGUUCAGUGAAUGCCUGCGCUUGUCUUGGACCACACGCAUAGAUUAACCCCCUGCGCUUGAAAGCAAGCAUAAAACACAUUGGAACGCGGCCCAAAGAUGAGUAUAUAGUGUGUGGUUCUCCAGGUAAAUAAACGCAAGGAGCGCUGUGUGUGUGUGUGUGUGUGUGUGUGUGUGUGUGUGUGUGUGUGUGGUGUGUGUGUGUGUGUGUGUGUGUGUGUGUGUGUGUGUGUGUGUGUGUGUGUGUGUGUGUGUGUGUGUGUGUGUGUGUGCGUGUGCUGAUGGUCAGCAUAGCUGCGCGACACCUCACCGCGUGUUUAGCUGUGUGGCCCUCGGUGACUCACUGCACUUCCUUCGACUCACUGGCGCUCACUGACAGCUGGAACCCACAGAAGUAGUAAGCGUCAGGGUGCUAGUGCGGCGGGUAUGCACCCAGCAUGGGGUUCUGAUGGAGGACCGGGUCUGUGGUCGGCACUCACUGAUGAGUAUGAUGAAGACAAGAAAUAAAAAAAAGUUUGGAUA